CAUCAGCACGAUGGAACAACCGACCAAGGACAAACCAGGUUGUUCUGCUGCAUUGGUGCAGACACCUGAUAUUCUAGAUGUCGACCUGCCAAAUGUUGAUCCAGUGGGCAUCUUAUUUAACAUCAGUAAAUGCCUGAUACAGCUAACGACACAGCAGUUUGAGUUGCUGACAGCCGGCUUUGUGACCGCGGAUAUGAUGACUGUGCUGGCCUUCUCUUGCAUGGAUAUUAUCCAGACUUAUGCAGAGGCCAUCCUGGACGGCGUGAUACCACAAGUCUACAGAUACAUGAGAAUCUACGGCACCUUUUCUGCAACCAUCCUUGGAGUAACUGAAGACCGAAUCUAUGCCCACCUGAAGGAUUCUAUUGGACAGGCACUGACUGACUGUCUGAAGAUCAAUGUGCAGACUUUUGCAUCCACCAAGUUGUUCUCUGAAUUACUUGUGAGACAUAUCUCAAAGACAGUCAGCUCCGUUCUGGAUUUGUCUACUAAGAUGCCCAUACAGGAGUCCAGAAUACCAGUGGUUUUUGUCAGCGGCUAUGUGACUUCUGUUAAAGACCUCAAAGCAAUGGCUUAUCAGAUGGCUCUCAUACUGACAACAGCCCUCAGCGCUGAGCAAGAUGAAGACGUGACAUUGAAUGAACACAAUGAAGACGUGGAGUCCCCCCUCUUCUGUUUCAGUUCCAGACGUGACAUAACAAAACUGGUGAGGAAUUACAUUACACACAUGGUGAGAAUCCUGAAAAGUGGGGUUCAAAGGCCACACUGUAACAUGGGCUCCAACCGUAGAGUUGCCUGUGUCAGGGUUGGCGGAAACACAAGAAUUUUGGAAGACAGUGAAUCACCUGGACAGGAGUCUACCAUGCCUUCCUGUAGUGGUUUGGUUGCCAUUCCAGGUGUUGUACCUGAUGGCAGUAAUGAAGAGUCCAAUUCUGAGAGCUACCCCUUCAGAUCAGUUACAGUAAUUAGCCCAGCAGAGAACCAUUUCCAUCAAAGAGAUUCCGCACUGGAGUUGGAAACCAUCAGGAACAUUGCCGAAGAACUGGUACAAACAUUUCUGGAUGAUCUGAAGGGAGUAGCACACACAGAUGGUUGUCAAAAAGCUAUCCUUGAUGGAUUGGAGGUUGUUGACAACAGCAAGUUAAGAGAACUGACAGACAGAAUCUUCAGUGUGAUAAUGAGUGGACAUGAUUACCAGAUUCCAUUUGUACCAGUUGGAACACGCAUGUGCAACACUAUAACCUACAGGAGGCUGAGAGAGGAAGUAACUGACCCAAGUGUUGUUGCUCAUACCCUUUACAUGAGAACAGAAGAGGUAGUUGCUCGUUGUAUUUCGCAGGUUCUCCUGUGGUCAGCAACCUUGCCGGGGUCUGAAUAUCCAUCUCUGUCUCCUGCUUCAGAGGAAUUGUCUGACCAGCCUGACUUCCCUUUUAUUGGAAACGAAGCAGGAGACCGAAUGUCGGAGGUAUUCAGAGUAACUCCAAGUGUUCCUCUUUUUCACCUUAUUUCAAUUGAGUCAAGUCAAGUUUCUGCUGCCACAUUUGAUAUAAUCUCUGAGCCACCAGAGCCAACUCAAUCAGAGUUGCUGGGAAACAUUGUGCAAACAUCCCUGCUGACUCUGCUGGUUGUGGAGAUGUUCAGUAAUAUCGGGAUUAGAAACAACGAAAUUAUUUUUGAAGUUGUAAAGAGAGCUGAUGAACAGCUUCAAGACGUGGACCUUAAGUUGUAUGAUGACUUCCAUGCCUCGCUGUUGGGUCAGAAUUAUAAAGACAUUUCACAGACUGCCAUUGCUGACCUCUUGCUGAAGUUUGGGUCUGUACAAGUGAUGCAUGAGGCAGCGAUAUUAGGAGAUCCCACUAUUGAGGAGGCUAUUAUGAGAGCACUGAGGAAACAUCAAAGAAUUUCUUCGCUUACAGUGCCUCAUGGAAAUGCAGCCAAAAAAACAACCUGUGGUUUCUUCAAGAACUUCAAAAGACAGUGCUGCAAGAAAAUUUGUAAGAGGGCUAGCAAGACCACUAGAGUCAUCACUCUAACCAUUGACCAGGACCACAGGGUUCUAGAGGAGCACUCAACGGAAGAAGAUCCUUGGAGGGAACAAACACAACAACGUCAGCAUCCACUCAUACGCAGAGCAGCUGCCUCCAUCAGGAACAAGUGUUCCUCCUUAAGAGGGAUGUUCUCCUGCAUCACUAGGGCAAUGUGCAAACCAUUCAUUGUUUGUUGCAGCCCAGUGAGGGAUUAAAGCUCAGAGGAGGAAACGAGGAGACCAAGACCCACUGGAAGAGAGAUAGAGUACCAGGGCCAUUUGAAGCGGGACCAUUGAGGGCAGCUGGAUUUGGUUGUAGAUAUUUCACCUCUCAUCCAAGUGGCAUCUGUCACUUUGAUAACAACCCAUAGGCUAAUGAUCUAGGUGUGCCCACCAGUCCAACCAAGUCCUGUUGCCCUUUAUUAAACGCUUCUUGGAUGGAAGAGUCAAACUUGAGGCCAAUGUAGAGAAAAGCCCCAGACACCUAUCAGCCCUGGAAGGGGGUCCCCUCAUCUGUGAUCCUUCCCAAGGUUUCUUCCAUUUUCCCCGUUAAAGGGUGUUUAUGGGAGUUUUUCCUUGCCCUUUUGAGGGGGGUGUCAUACACAGAAUAAAAUAACUUGCUAAUUUGCUCUUCCUAUAUAUAGUAUGUACUUGUUCUUGACUUGCUCCUGGGAACCCUGAUUUAAUACAUUUAUCAUUAUGUAAUUUUUGUAUUUAUUAAUUUAAAUUAAUCAAUUGAUUAAUUCAAUAAUCAAUAAAUAUAAAUGA